AUGCGCGCAACCUUAUUUAUAAAUAUUUUAUUGGUUUCAACGCCAGUGGAGGCUGCAACGAAAGUCCUGGUCCAGUUGAAACCGUUCGAUAAUGUUAAAUCAUUCCUUAGAGACCAUGCGCACUUGACCCCGUUUAUAAGUCACAACUUCUCGAUCUCGACGUUCCAAGGGUUCAGCGGGCUAUUUGAGACCGAUCAGCUGCGGGAAAUUCUUCAUGAUGUGCGGGUAGCUAUCGUGUCUCAAGAUGAGGAUAUCCAGGCGGCCAUGUUGCAGGAACAUGCACCCCGCCAUUUGGCACUCCUUGGCAGCGAAACUAUGCUCCCCUCUCUGUUUGAUACUGCCUCAGAACAUCUAAACUACCCUUAUGACGUAGCAGGAUUAAGUGAGGUUGACGUGUAUGUGAUUGAUUCAGGCAUUGACACGGAGCAUCCAGAGUUUGAAGGUAGAGCUCGAGAGGGAAUAGACCUCGUGCCUGAGGCCGAUGCAAAAGAUGUAAAUGGGCAUGGAACCCACGUUGCCGGCAUAAUUGGAUCUCGGACAUUUGGGGUGGCUAAGAACGUGAGCUUAAUUUCCAUCAAGGUACUCGGACCCGACGGAAGUGGCUUACUAUCUGAUGUUAUAGCAGGCAUUAACUAUGCAACCGAUCAAUUCGUGCAGAACAAAGAGUCGCGCAAAGGUAUAGCGAAUCUCUCUUUUGGCACUGGGUACAGCAGCGUGCUAAAUGCUGCGGUUGACGCAGCUGUAGGCAUAGGGCUGCCUGUGGUUGUGGCGGCUGGUAAUGCGAACCGGCCAGCUUGUAUUACGUCACCAGGCUCGUCUAAAAAGGCUAUAACAGUAGGAGCAAUUGACGACGGCACAGGGGCAAUUGCGAGUUUCAGCAACUAUGGCGAGUGUGUGGACCUGUUUGCUAGCGGUGUUCAGGUGCAUAGCACAUCCAAUGUUGAGGACGGCGAGUCUGUAAUGAGUGGAACCUCGAUGGCCGCCCCUUCAGUGACGGGGAUCUUGGCACUGAUGUUAGGUCAAGGGCAGCCAUGCCAGAAUCUGCUGGAGCAAUUGAUCGCCCUGGCACUGGAGGGUGCGAUUGAGCCGUCUUCGCUAAAGACCCGACCGAAAAGCCCGAACUUGGUAGCUCGCACGCCGUAUUGGAACUCCCCUCGUAGGUGA